ACGCGCGCACGCAGGACAGGACAGGGGACUCACUCUGCUGCUGUCACUGAACAACAACAACACACAGUUGGGGCGCACGCGAAAACCGAGGGGAGGCGAUCGGAGCGCACAAUCUUCUGCUGGGCCGGCGGCUCGGUGUCUUCUCUCCUGCGACCGACCGCGGCACGGAAUGGCGUCGCCGCCGCCGAAGGUCGCCGUGCCGGUGGGGGAGGAGGGCCGGGAGGCGGAGGGAGAGGAUAUCUGCGCGUUCGAUAUACCCGGCAAGAACGCCCCGCGCGAUCGCCUGCGGCGGUGGAGGCAAAUUGCUCUUGUGCUCAACGCUUCACGCCGUUUUAGAUAUACUCUAGAUCUCGCGAGGGAUGAAGAGAGAGAAAACUUGAGAAGAAUUAUACGAGCUCAUGCACAAGUUAUACGGGCAGUAUUCCUUUUCAAAAAGGCUGGUCAAAAGGCGCUACAAGAAUCUUACAAUGGUACAAAAUUUGAGUCACUCUCUCAGAGAUUUCCAAUUGAUCUGGAAAAGCUUGUAAUGUUGAACAGAGACCAUGAUGCAAUUACGCUUCAGGAGGUUGGAGGGGUCAGUGGGCUUUCAGAUUUACUAAAGAGUAAUUUAGACAGAGGAGUUAGCUCAAAUGAGGACGAGCUGUUGCAGAGAAGAGACAUUUUCGGGGCAAACACCUAUCCGCGCAAGAAAAGAAAAAGCAUAUGGCGCUUUGUAUUUGAAGCUUGUCAGGAUUUAACUCUUGUGAUUCUGAUGGUAGCUGCUGCUACAUCAUUAUCAUUGGGCAUGGUAACAGAGGGUGUAAAAGAUGGAUGGUAUGAUGGUGGAAGCAUAUUCUUUGCUGUUUUUCUUGUGAUAUUUGUUACAGCAACCAGUGAUUAUAGACAAUCUCUUCAGUUUCAACAUCUGAACGAGGAGAAACAAAACAUACAAGUUGAGGUUAUCAGAGGUGGUAAGAGAGUAGGAGCUUCAAUAUUUGACCUUGUGGUUGGCGAUGUUGUUCCCCUCAAAAUUGGUGACCAAGUCCCUGCAGAUGGUGUCCUAAUAUCUGGUCAUUCUUUUGUAAUAGACAAAUCAAGUAUGACAGGAGAGUCCAAAAUUGUUCAUAAGGACCAAAAGGCACCUAUGUUGAUGUCCGGUUGCAAGGUCGCAGAUGGCUAUGGCUCUAUGUUGGUAACAGGUGUGGGUACUAAUACUGAAUGGGGUAUGUUGAUGGCCAAUCUUUCAGAAGAUAUUGGUGAAGAAACCCCGUUGCAGGUGCGCUUGAAUGGUGUCGCUACUUUAAUUGGUAUCGUGGGUUUAUCGGUUGCUGGUGUUGUCCUUGUCGUACUUUGGAUAAGAUAUUUUACCGGGCAUAGCAAUAAUCCAGAUGGAACUACGGCAUUUGUGGCUGGGACUACUGGCGCAAAACAGGGAUUUAUGGGGGCAAUCAGUAUUUUUACAAUCGCCGUAACUAUUGUGGUUGUUGCUGUGCCUGAAGGACUCCCUUUAGCAGUAACAUUGACCCUUGCAUAUUCAAUGCGAAAGAUGAUGCGAGACAAGGCUCUGGUGAGACGACUUUCAUCUUGUGAAACAAUGGGGUCGGCAACCACGAUUUGCAGUGACAAGACUGGAACUCUUACCUUGAAUAAGAUGACAGUUGUGGAAGCAUAUUUGAGUGGGACGAAGUUGAAUCCUUGUGAUAAUACUGGGAUGAUGUCUAGCAGUGUGGCAUCUCUACUUGUUGAAGGAAUUGCACAAAACACAGCAGGUGCUGUGUUUUCACCAGAGAAUGGAGGAGCUGCUGAAGUUGCUGGUUCACCAACUGAAAAAGCAAUUCUUUCUUGGGGUCUUAAGAUUGGGAUGAAUUUCAACGAUGUGAGGUCAAAAUCUUUAGUUCUUCGUGUUCUCCCAUUUAACUCAGUGAAGAAAUGUGGUGGCGUUGCAGUGCAGGUGUCAGAUACUUAUGUACACAUCCACUGGAAAGGUGCUGCUGAGCUAGUAUUAGCAUCUUGCGAAAGCUGGUUUUCUAUUGAUGGUUCAGUUCAUCCAAUGAGUUCUGACAAGUAUAACGAAUUGAAGAGAUCCAUUGACGAUAUGGCAAUGAGUUCACUGCGCUGUAUUGCUUUUGCAUAUUGCACCUGCGAGCUCACAAUGGUUCCUAGGGAGGAUCUCGAUAAGUGGCAGUUGCCUGAUGAUAAUCUGACUCUUCUUGGAAUGGUCGGGAUAAAGGAUCCUUGUCGCCCAGGAGUAAGGGAUGCUGUACAAUUAUGCAGUGCUGCUGGUGUGAAGGUACGGAUGGUCACAGGAGAUAAUGUUGAAACAGCCAAGGCCAUUGCUUUCGAAUGUGGAAUACUAAAUGCAAAAGAUGUUGCUUCAGAGACAAUAAUAAUAGAGGGGAAGGUGUUCCGUGAAAUGUCUGAAACUGCACGAGAAGAAGUUGCUGACAAGAUUACAGUAAUGGGACGGUCUUCUCCAAACGACAAACUUUUGCUUGUACAAGCUUUGAAAAGAAAAGGCCAUGUAGUAGCUGUAACCGGUGAUGGCACCAACGACGCCCCAGCAUUACAUGAGGCUGAUAUCGGUCUUUCAAUGGGCAUCUCGGGAACAGAAGUUGCUAAAGAAAGCUCGGACAUCAUAAUCUUGGAUGAUGACUUCACAUCCGUUGUCAAGGUUGUUCGUUGGGGACGGUCUGUCUAUGCAAAUAUUCAGAAAUUCAUCCAGUUUCAGCUGACUGUUAAUGUCGCUGCCCUGGUAAUAAAUGUGGUGGCCGCUGUGUCCUCUGGUGCUGUUCCUCUGAAUGCAGUUGAGCUUCUUUGGGUGAACCUUAUCAUGGACACACUGGGAGCCCUUGCAUUAGCAACUGAACCACCAACAGACAACCUAAUGAAGAGACAUCCUGUUGGCAGAAGGGAACCUCUUGUUACAAAUAUCAUGUGGAGAAACCUGUUUAUCCAGGCUCUUUACCAGAUAGCAGUUCUUCUCGUCUUCAAUUUUGAUGGCAAAAGGAUUUUCCAGUUGCAUAAUGAAAGUCGAGAGCAUGCUGACAAAAUUAAGAACACCUUUGUCUUCAAUGCAUUUGUCUUUUGCCAAAUAUUCAAUGAGUUCAAUGCUCGCAAGCCUGAGGAGAAGAAUGUCUUCGGAGGAGUCACGAGCAACCGCCUUUUCAUGGGUAUAGUGGGUAUAACAACCGUACUUCAGAUCUUGAUAAUUGAAUUUCUCGGAAAGUUCUUUGGAACUGUUAGGCUCGGUUGGAAGUUAUGGCUGCUAUCAGUUGCCAUUGGUGCAGUAAGCUGGCCCCUCGCGUAUGUUGGCAAGUCCAUUCCUGUUCCGGCCAGACCUUUCCAGGAUUACUUGAAGCAUUGUUGUGCCUGGAGAAGGCCACGUCGCCGUGAUGAAGAGCAGGGCGGCAAGAGCUGAGACUUAGCCCGAGGAGCAACUUUUGGAGAGGCUGCAUCUCAACUGGAGCUUCAGAGAGGGGCGAAGAGCAGUCCCUGUAAAAUUGGGUUCAGAAUAAGAGGGCAGCAUUUUUUUCGGGGAAGGAAUAGCAGGAAGCUUGUGCACUGAUAGAUAUCACUCAGUUGUAGUCUGCAAAAUAGAGUAGCACUUUAUGGGGUUAGGGUUAAGCUCUCAUCCAAAUGGCUGUGAAUUUGGAACAAAUUGCGCUGCUAGUCAGAAGAGUGCUUUCUUUUGUUGCAAGUUA